CGGGUCUUUAAAGGCGGCACGGUCGAGGUGAGCCGCAUGCGAGCUGCCUGCAGUUUUCCGUCUUUUAUCGCUGCCAAUGGUCUGGACCAUUCAGCCUCGUAUUCGGCUAACUUUGCUGCUGCCUUGGACCUCAACCUACGACCACCACCCACCUUUAGCUUCAACAAACUUUUGUUGCUGAAAUGAUUGAUGAAAACGAAGGAUCGCGGAGAACAAACCAGCAGGAACCCGUGUCACGGUUCGGACGAGUUUGAAUGGAUCCGCUCAGCAUCGCAACCGCCACAUCGAGCCUCGUCUUCUGCGUCGUGCGCAGCGGCAAGGCUCUGGCGGGCAUUUACGAGAAGUACCAAGAUGCCCAGCGGUGCGUCUUCAUGAUGCAGACAGAGUGCACCGUGCUGGCCGCGGCAUUGUCUCAGCUACAAAUGCACUUCUCGACCGUCUCUAAGUCGGCUAUGGCUCGAUAUCCCGAAUUCGUGAUCGAAUCCAUCGACCUCUCCCUGGUCGGAUGCACACUGACCCUCUCGGUGCUGAGCAAGGAGAUUGAGAAGUUGGCGGCAGCAGACGGCAUCGACAUUGACAAGAACAAGCCCGCCGCCAGGCUAGGGAGGGGCAAGAAGAUCAAGUACCUCUGGAAGGAAGAGUCGAUGAAUGAACUUCUCCAGCAGCUCCGCGGCCAGAGCUCGGCCUUGAACCUGCUGCUCAGAGCACUCGACUCGUCCUCGAUCGAUCAGAUCCUGUCCAUCCUGCGAUCUGGACAGGACACAUUCCAUCAGGUCCAGCGAGGGGCGGCGUCCAUCAGACAGGCGCACCCUCAGGAACACUAUGCCGAGAGUAUUCUGGAUAUGAAGUUCGAUGACACGCAGACUAUUUACUCAUUGGAUGACUACAAAGCCUUGCAUGACCGCGAUGUUCCGGACCCGAUCAUUUCCAGCCUUGGAUCAAUGAGCUUGGGUCCAAGCCGGAACACUCCCGAAUCGCGCCCAGCAUCAACGGAAGUCCCAUCGCAUGAAGGAGGAUUGCACACACAUUAUGAUGCCAAAUAUGACCUGUGGUACACCAUCGAUCCGCAGACACGCGAAGUCCGCUAUCUUCCCAAACUCUCUCCCAAUGUCCCACUCGCCGCAGAUUCUCCGCGGCCAAAGCCAGCCUUGAAUCGAAAGCCAGUGCCAGCGCCAGUGCAGCUAUCGAAGCAGACUAUACCUAGCCCCGCGAUCCAGAAUGCGCAGCCCGCACGGGAACCAACACAACCACGUCCUCCCUCGGCGCCCGAGGAGCAACUGGACUUUGCGCCGUGGAAGAUGAACACGGACGCGAAGUUCAAAACCGCGCUCGAGAACCUGCGCAAGGAAAAGUCCGCGCCGGCCAUGGCAGUAGGCAUCGUGUCGGCCGACGCCCCGCCCAAGAUCCAGGUCGUCGGGUACCGGAGGCAGGGCUGCUCGACGGCGGUGACGCGGGCCGACUGCUUCGUCGUAGCCAACAGUAACGCCUUCACCAACACGGUGCUGGGCGUGCUGGUCGAGCGGGGCCUGUUCCGUUGGGACGAGACAGUGCUGGAGCUCUUCCCGUCGCUGGCGGCGAGUCGCGUGCACCCGUUCCAUCACCAGACCACCCUCGCGAUGCUGGCGGCCCACCUGUCCGGGUUCAAGGCCUACAUCACUAGCGUCGAGGAGGGUGAACUGUUCGACUACAUCCGCCAUGGUGGCGCCAGCGUCGAGGACCAGCGCUUCGCCGUCGCCAUCUCGUACCUAGGCCGGCCGCCGGACACGACACCCGGAACCGGCGGGUAUGCGUGGAACUGGGCCAACCCCAUCCUGAUCGCCUCGGCCAUGGAACAGCGCACGGGGACCUCUCUGGAGAGUCUGGUCAAGUCGCUCGUCUUCGACCCCCUGGAGAUGUACUCGGCGAGGUUUGGCAGAUCGGAGACGGACAAGAACGCGUCCAUGGGCACUGCCGCCACCGUUGACAAUCCCACGCAGCCAUGCGGCCACCACGCCGAUACAAGGGAGCCGCUCGACCCGGCACACUAUGUCUUGCACCGCGGCGCCUUCUACGCCUCGACGGGCAUCUCCUGCUCGGCGCCCGACUACGCGGCCUUUGUGGGCAUGCACCUGCGCGCUGCCAUGGGGAUGCCUACAGCGGUAUUGCGCGGCGACAGCGGCAGCGUAGGCGAAAACACCGCCGCGAAUGGUGGUGGUGGUGGUUUCUUCUACACCAAGCUGGGGCCGGAUCAGAUUUCGACGCCGGGGUGCUGGAUGACCGCGACCCGCGACUGGGCCGGCGGCGAGGCGAUAUGGAUGGACGGCCGUUGCGACGGGUGGGCGUGCACGACGUGGAUCGCGCCGCUGACGGGCAAGGCGUACUUUGCCCUCGUCAAUGUCGACGGCGGCAUGGGCGUCAAGAUCGCCGAUGAUGCGGUCAGUCUGGUCAUUCGCCAUGCGACCCGAUGAGGGAUGAUUGCAGUGGUGACCACCAAGUCGACACAGCAAUACGGGAAAUGAAGCAAGAUUAAGAGCAAGAGCGAUAGCCUGUACAAAGUACGAGAGCAUUUCGCUCUGGGCAGGGCGUCAGUUAGAAUGGAACAGAAUGGAACGGAGGGAAAUGAGAUCUGACGCAGUGUCAAGCUGUGAUGGAAUGCACAUUGAUUGCCCCUUGAGAACAA